UAUUGGGUCAUUCAAAGCGCUUCAUAUAUACUGCUACGGUACGUUAUGGAAAUAAGCUCACAAAGGUCCCAAACAGCUAGCCACAUUGUAGACCAGAUAAAAAGCCAAGGAUUAUUUGAUAAAAUUAGAAAGCAAUGUCUUGAAGAUGUUGACGUAAACUUAGACUACCAAGUUCUCCAAAAGAAGGUGAAUUCUUUUGUUUCAUCAUUUCUCCAAAAUCAGUCAUGGAAUCCUGGAGUUGAGAAGUUGAAGUUAAGGGAACAGCUACGGACCAAACUGUUAAGUACCAAAAUGUUGUCUUGUGGAGUUGACAAACUCGUUAACCAGGCACUUGAUGCUAAAAUGCCUAAAAAUUUCAAGAAUCAAGUCCAGAAUAUUGUUUGCGAUUACUUUGACUUAAACCCCGAGUCAAUAUUAGCUAGUAGCCUAGGUAACCAAAAUUGUGUUGAAAUAAGACCUGCAAUAUACCCUGAAAAUCCGACGGGACCAUAUUCUGCCGAUUCGUUUGACCGAGCUUAUGGUUCUGUAAUGAGUAAUCCCGUGACCAUACCCACACCUCAAGGCAUCCAACCACCGUUUCCAUAUCCCUACCCCCCAGUCCCUGUUCAGCAUUCAGUUAUUCAGGCGAGUGUUCCAUGUCCAAUCACCGCUUAUGUGGGACCAAGUGCAAAUUAUUUGAUUCCACCACCGCCUCCUCCCCCAAGUGUCUUUUGUCAGCCACUUGUCCAUUUUAAUAACCAGUCAUCAGUUCCACCACAAAACUUCCAAACUCCAGCGAAUAACACUGUCUCUCCUUCAGCUACUCAUUCGGAUAUAGAACACGUUAGAACACAACCCCUAGAAGUUACAGUAGAAGAAUCAGUACCAUGCGAUGAUCCUAUGGAUAUAGAAUCCUUAAGUCCUAAUAGUCCUGCUGAUGAAUCUACUGCAUCAUUGUUACAUGAAAAUUCAGAAUUCUGCGGAGAACGUCAUUCAUCUAAAGUCAGCGAAAAAAGUUCAUACCGACAACCUAACAAGAUUGCUUGGCAUGAUGUCCAUUUACUGUUGGAUGAUGUUUCUGAAGAUGAAGAAAAAGAUGUGAAUUCGAAGUCACCGACUUCUCUUGGAAACUCCAUUCCAUAUUCAGACCAUUCCUCAGUUCCAAGGUCACCACAUACAAUUUCUCAGUCCUAUGAUCGGAACCUAUCAGUUCAGAGUACUUUCUCCCGUAAUAUUCAUAAUGCAGAUGAUUGCAUACGCUCUACCUCACCUAUCGCUUACGAUGAACGCAAACAUCGAAAUAAAUACAUGACAUCUACUUUAGAAUAUAAUCCAGAAAGUUAUGUUUCGAACUUUAAAACUGAAAGUGCAAGAUUAUGUCAUGAACAAAAGUCUGAUUCUAACGAUUCAUACUCAACAAAUACAUCUACGAAUCGUACGAAUCAUAAUUACUCUAAGUACUCAAGGUCGUCCACUUCACCGUUCUCUACUAGUCAGUUAUGUGAUGCGAAUGACUGGUGUACAAAAUCUACUGGGAUGAGCUCGCGAAUCGAAAUAUAUCACGGUAGUCAAUCAAUAAGAAGAUCCCAAACUUCUUCGACUAAAAGUAAGGUAUUUAAUAAAAGAUCCUCUUGUAUUGUGUUCUGCGAUUUUUACAGAUGAAGUUUACGAAUUUUGUGUUUCCAUUUAGAAAUUGUCUCUGAUCAAUACAAUUUUAUUUACUUAUUUUAGUCGACUAUUUCUAGAAUUAUAUCUCUACUAUUUUACACUUCAGUAAUUUAAAAUGGGAACAAUGAGUUAUGUUUUGCGAGGAGAGAAUGUGUAUCGUAAAAUAGUUUGAAUAUGGGGCAUUUUGCCUUUUUAAAUUUUCUAAAUUAUAUAUGAAAGUGUAAUAGUUACAGAUUUCGUAUAUUCUACUUAAGGGGAAUGGUGAAUUGUAAUUCUUCGUUAUUAUGCCUAUCAGGUAUAUCAUACAACUAUAAUAUGUUUCAUAUGUAUGUCAAAGUAAGAUUCGAUUCCUUGUACAACUUUAAAAAAAAACAGCCAGUUUUGAGGAAAGGCUUUAUUUGAGCAUCAAUUAAAACCCUAGCGAUCGUUUCGAACAAGUAUUCACUUACUCUGACCAUGUUUACUUUAAAUAAAGUACUUAUGAAAUCAUGCAUUUACGGGAUUUCGACCUAGUAAUUUGUGUAGUUUAUCAACAAAGAAAUGGAUCCCGUUUAAAUUGUAUUAGCUACAUUGCAAUAAUAUACAGAAAUGGGUUUAAGUAACAAACUCGUUGUACAAAAAUCUGCGUAUUGCAUUAGAUAAUUCGUUUAAUAAAAUGUGGUCACGUGUAAUAUAUGAAUGAUGACUAUUUGCAAUUACGUUUGAUACCGUUCAAAACUGACACCAGUGGAAAAGCAGGUUGAACAGUUCGUAGUACGAAUAGUUCAAGAUUUCCUUACAGUUUAAAUUCUAGAUAAACUUUAAAAUUCCAUGUUAGUCAAAUUUUCAUAGUCUACGAACUCAUUUAAUGUAUUCGCCUUUUUAUAAGUUGUUACCUUGUAUUGAAGUCCAGCUAGCCUUAAAUCUCAGGUACAUACAGCUUUUAUUCCAGUUAGUGUCCAGGCUUAUGAUGAUGAUUGAUGUAUACUUCUAUGACCUAGUAAGAUUUUGUAGGAACUCAAAGUCUCAUAAUUUCUGAUCAUUUGGUAGUUGUAAGGGAAACGAAUUUAUUCAAAGUAAAUGUGUUUGGUCAGUAACUCAUCUAGUGAAACGUACUAUUGUAUUCAAAACUGCUAAGCGAUCAUAAUUAAUUUUGUUACUAUGAAACGAUUAUUUCCAUGUAUUGUUUUUGAAAUAGAUCAACCAGUAUAUAGCCCAACGAGCCACUCUGAGCGUCAUCUUUCAGACACGUUUAGACAAUCACAUUACACGAAAAGUCCGGAUAUUUUUAUGGAUCGUCGUUUAAAGUCAGACUAUCCAUCGAGCAGUUCUCUGUCCAAUCAGUUCCGUUCAUCACCAGAUUCUAUGGUUCAGACAAAGAUGCGAAGUAACAAAAGUUAUCCUAACAUUACAUCAUCCUGUGAAUGGGCAAGAAAUGAAUCACGUUCCCCUGAAGAACAUUCUAGUAGAUCAUCCUCAAUGUUCUCACAAGGUAACUACUCAUUGUCGUCAGUUUCAGAACGUGUGACACCAGAUCCAACAACAACUUCCCAAUACCCCAGUUCAUCCACCUAUAAGACUUUCGAAACAGGUAGAACAUUGAGUUUCAAAAAUAAAACACUACUUUUUCUUCUUUAUCUAAUUGAUGUACUUUUUAAAUCAUUUUAUAUCGGUAUUUUAGAAACAGUAAAUGCGUAUUCUCCUGACCUCGCUUCUGAUCGGUUAACUCGGAAACGUGAAAUUGAAGCCAGAUUGAAAGAGAUUGAGUCAACUGAGCGGAAGCUGCUGAACUGGAAAAAAAUGCAGAGUUACGGGAAAGAAGCACGACCGUUCACAAACCGUGAUGAUGUGGAAUAUGGACCAGAUUAUAGGAAACUCCCAAAGAAAUAUCUGAAGUGAUUUCGGCAAGAAGAACAAACCACUAACUGAUGAGUUAGCAAAUACUUCUACACGACUGUUAAUCUCAGCGUUAUACCUCCACCACCCUCAAAUUAUUCCCAUGAACUGUGAUUAUAAUGAAGUGUGCACCAGCCUGAAAUGAUUUAUUUCGAAAGUACAUGCGUUGUUUUUGCGUGCAGUUUUAUGGUCGCUGAAAGCACAUCGAUUUCAUGUAUAGACUAUAAAAUCCAUUUAUUUCAUUAAAAACUUUAUCAAUAAUAAAUUAUUCUAAAUUAAAUAUUGACAACAAAUCUUUAGUAAAGUGGAAUAAAAGUUAGUUUAAGUAUCACAAACUGCAAUGUUAUUUAUGCUUCAUUUGGCCAAUUCGAGUUCC